AUGUAUGUAAUCGAUGAUUCGACAAUUACUUGGGAAAUGAUAGAAGAAGAUAUGCAAAAAGAAUAUUCAAUUCAACUCAAAACAGGACCAAAACGAUUAGCGGAAAGGAUUGGAAAAGGAAAAGGUUUCCUUUCUCGAAUCUAUCGACUCGAUUUUGAUUGGGAAAUUGAGGGAAAUCUGUCAGCAAACGAUCGAAAACCACCCGAGAAAUGUGCCCUUAAAGUGUCAACAUUGGAUGUGAUCAAGGAGCUUUUUGACAAUGUUGGCAGUGGGCAGAAGAAACAUUUGGCUGAAUAUUAUGCGGCAUCGCUGAGCAACAAUGAACUCUUCUUCUACCAAAACAUCGCCAAACUCGGCUUCGACGAGUUGCGAAUUCCGAAAUACUACUGUGGACGAGAGUACAGCGAAGAAACGGGAAUCGGUUAUUUGGCUAUGGAAAUCAUGGAGGGCUCGAUUGUGCAACAUAUUUACGAAAAUCUUUCAGGGAAACAAAUUCUCGAGAUUCUUUACCAAAUGGCUUUACUAAAUGGAUCUUCUCUCUAUCACACCGAGCAACUCCAAAGCUUCAUCGACAGCAAAUUUUUCGAUCAAUUCCUCGAAGAUUUCAAUACAAAAGAUGUAAAUAUUGGAAGGUUUAAUACAUUGAAGGCCACAGAAAACUACGAAAGGAAUCCAUCGUUGCAUAGAGAAUUUCCCGAAGUACAAGGAAAAAUUGGAAAUUCUUUUGCCGGUAGCCGAAAUCUUCGUCAAUCCGAAAGUCUAUCGGGAACUUCGGAAGAGAAAUUG